GCCACUUCAUCGUGUUUGGAAGCGUAUCCAAUGACUAUAGCGUGAACCAUACACGACCAGGACAAUAUGCCACCUCACAGCCAAGAGCCUUAGUGAGUGAGGUAUUGCAACUCCGCGUAGGAUAGCUAGCUCCUGGCACCGCAUGACAGACAUUCAACGUCAGCAAUAAUGUCAUCGUCCUCCCCGUUGCUCGAGCCGAAGCGCUUCUUUCGCGACACCUCUCCGGUAGACGCGGCGGAGCGCACUCAGUCCCGGUUCACUUACCGACAACUUUCACAGCUCGCCGCCUACUCGACAUCAUGCCCGCUUCGUGUGACUUCACACAUUGACCUGGAUGCGUUCUACGCCCAGUGCGAAAUGGUGCGCUUGGGUGUUGACGAGGACAAGCCUCUUGCUGUGCAGCAGUGGCAAGGGCUGAUCGCCGUCAACUAUCCUGCUAGAAAGUUUGGCAUAUCACGACAUUGUACUAUUGAUGAUGCACUUAAGCUAUGUCCUGAAUUACAAGUUCAGCAUGUCGCAACCUGGAGAGAAGGCGACGACACUUGGGCGUAUCGUGACGAUGCAGCUGCAAACAUCGUUACAGAUAAGGUCUCUUUAGACCCAUAUAGACUGCAGUCACGAAAGAUUCUGGCACUGAUAAAAGAGUGCCUUCCACCUCACCAGUGCAAGGUGGAAAAGGCAAGCAUCGAUGAAGUGUUUAUUGAUCUCUCGGCCAACGUACACUCCAAACUCAUAGAGAGAUUUCCCGAGCUAUCUUCUCCACCGCCAGGAGCUGAUGCGCACACACGUCUGCCUCUGCCACCAGUCAGUGCCCUGGACUGGCAGGCAGAUGCGCUAAUCGAGCUCGACGAGAACGAAACCGAGACUGAUGAUCCUGACUGGGACGACAUCGCUCUGCUCAUUGCUUCAGAGAUGACUCGCGACAUCAGGCAGGCGAUAUUCACCAGGCUAAAAUACACUUGCUCAGCGGGCAUCGCGGGCAACAAGUUGCUCAGCAAGCUUGGAUCUGCCCACAAAAAGCCCAAUCAGCAGACGGUGAUUCGUGCCCGAGCAGUACGCAAGUUCCUCUCGGACUUCAAGUUCACCAAGAUUCGCAACCUCGGCGGCAAGCUGGGUGACCAGGUGGUAACGGCAUUCGGCACCGAGUCUGUGUCUGACUUGCUCGAGGUGCCGUUGGAUCAACUAAAGCUGCGACUGGAUGACGACUCCACGGCUCUCUGGGUAUACAACACGAUCCGCGGGAUCGAUAACAGCGAGGUCAACUCUAGAACACAAAUCAAAUCCAUGCUUUCGGCCAAGUCGUUCAGGCCAAGCAUUUACUCGGUAGAUCAGGCAAACAAAUGGCUUCGUAUCUUCUCGGCAGACAUCUUUUCUCGACUUGUCGAGGAAGGCGUCCUGGAGAACAAGAGACGCCCAAAGACUAUGAACCUACAUCAUCGGCACAAAGGCCAAUCUAAGGCACGAUCAUGCCCGAUACCCCAAGGGGUGAGAGUGCUCGACGACAGCGUGCUGUAUGAGCUUGCCCAGAACCUCCUGAGGCAGAUCGUGAUGGAGGGCAAGGUCUGGCCUUGUGACAACCUCAGCUUGAACGUCACUGGUUUCGAAGAUGGUAUAACUGGCAAUAUGGGCAUUGGAGGAUUUCUGGUCAAGGGUGAGGAAGCACAGGGUCUUCGGUCCGUCAAUAAUCGAGGUAGUCCGGCUGGGCAACAACAACAAACACAGCAGCAGGAGCAGCAGCAGCAUGACAGUAAACGACGCAAGAUAAACGGUGGUGGGUUGCAUCGCUUCUUUGGCAAGGCAACCCAGCAGCGUGAGUCCUCCUCGGGGCCGGGCGAGGAUGACGAGUACACGGCCAAAGCGGAAGGUAACAAACGCCGGCCCCAAGAAGAGUUGCAUUCCACAGAUGCACAGGCUCAAGACUCGAUGCAAGAAGCUAUCGGAUCUCUUUGUCCGCGCUGCAACGACGUCUUUGAUACGCCAGAGGAGCUGCAGGACCACCUCGACUGGCACCUAGCCAAAGACCUCCAAGACGAGGAGGAACGUGGAGCAUCUGCAUUCGCUGCGCGGAGGCAGCCCACUUCGGCGGCACCGCCUGCGAAACCGCGGGGAAGGGGAAGACCGCCCAAGGGGGCGGCGAAGCCAAAGACUGACCCCGGGCAAAGGAGGUUGAGGUUCGACUGAGACUUUUUGCAUCAUGAAGCGGCAGGUGGAUUCAGAAAGUGGGAUCGAUCAAUAAGAGGGCAUCACAAUAAACUCCGAUCCCGAUAAGGGGAAUGGAGAGACCCCUGGACAAUCGCUAUUGUUUAGGUUGCAUUUGCAUUGAUAUCAAAGGGAACAUUUGCUGCAUACAAUCUUCCCAGGGGUCCGGCUGAAGCUUGGUAUCUACGGGCUAUCGUUAUAGCAUUCGUUCACCGCUUCUGAUGGUCGGCAGCAGACCAAGGACUGUAUGCGCGCAUAUUUCAUGUACUGCCUGCCCUCUUUGCCCGGAUAGCAUCCGGUAAGGGCUCAAAACACCAAGCAAAUGAUAUACUGGAGGCAAAGGAUAGAGCUGCGUGCGUGUCGACCUUCCAUUGCGUGAAGCUAGCUUCCUCUGAGACAGACUGCAGCCAAUCUAUUACCUUGGCGGGCAGAAGUGUCAAAUCUUGGCCAUUUGUCUCGAAAAUGAGCAUACGAAGAAAUCAUUAUAGGGGUACGUAGGUGAUGAAGUUUUAAUUGUAUACCGAGUACCAAUUGGCAGUAAGGCGGUAUGCAGGUUAAUAGGAUGAAUUACUCAGUAACAA